AUGCCUUGCGUACGACUACGCGAUUACGCUGUAGCUUAUGUGCACAAUUUAGAUGGUUCGCUUAUCGUUCAACCAGCACAGGUGACUCGUCACAGUACGAGUAAUCUUUUCGAGUCUUCUGAACUUGCAAACACCUCAGAGCACAACGAAUCUCAGUCAGAUUUCAUCUCAAAACGUCGAAAUCUACCGAUAUACAGUCCCAGUAAGUCCAUGAUUAAUCUGAGGGAUAUGUCGCCAUCUGCACUUCGAGAUCAUGAAGUGCUGACUGACCAACUUGACCGCCCAACCAGGAAGAAUCGAAGUUGUUGGGGUGACCCACAACCCAAUUGGAAACUAAAACAAGAAUGGGAACAGACUUCUGGCACCAAGAUAUUCCACCCUUCCACGAUGUUAUCAGGAAAUCACAUGUUCGAGAGUAGCCUUCAAGUAGCACGAGCGGAUCUCGCCGUCACUCCACAGUCGACGCGAACGCCGCAGCCGCUGGCGACAUCAUCAAGUGCUUCGCGACUGUCGCGUUUCACGCCAUCGAUUCCUUCGUCACAGUCAGCCAUGUCCCAAAUGGCUACAAUAAAUAGGAAACAACAACUGGGCUUCCAUCACGAUGCCCUCGAUCGCGUCAGUCCUAGCGUGCGAAACAAGCAUCAGGAUGUACAGCCUCAAACCGUCUGGUCACCGAAUAAGAUGACACCCAAGCGCGCAACGUCGAAUAUGCAAAGCAUUACACCAACAGGAGCAGCUGCUAGUGCUAUCACCAGACGGCGUAUUCGUCCAAAAAGCACUCAUUGUUACGAUUCACCUAUUCACUUACAGCUUUCACUGCGCACUAAGACUAGCAUAUCCAUAAUUGUAUGGUUGCACCAAUCAAGUGAGAAUUUACGGAAAUCGUCCGAUAACCUGGGACUUCCUUCCACUGGUGAGAAUGAGAAAGAGCCAACGCGAACACGUAGUAUUAGCAGCUUAAGAGGAGGUAAUUCACUCGAGGCCUAUGGGACGUUUGAUGUGGAUCAACACCAAAACGUGUCAUCGUUGACGCACUCACGAUUGCUAGCUCGCAGUGCCGGUAAUGUAUCAUUAUUGGGUCGCGACAAAGACGAAACUCCAGCGUCGCGACUGCAGAAUACUAUCGACAUGUUGAAGAAAGCAAGGCGAGUUGAACGAUAUCAUCCACGUCAUCGAGCAGCACGGAAUCAAACAAGCGAAGAGAGUGACAGUAACGGAAGUGACGCAAGUCCAUUAAAUCAGAGUAUAAGUCGGCGACUUGUUUCAUCUAAUAAUAGCGAAGACAUGGUUGGUCCGGAUCUGGGCAGCGACGAUUCACCACGAUCGUCACUGAAUUCUUACGAAUGGAAUGCAUUGCUGGAGGAAGGAGCAGCCUGUCAACAACUUGUGCGUCAUGUCCAAGAUUGUUUUGAACAAUUGCAAGUUGAAGAGUCUUCGAUGACUUCUGAGCAGAAACGUGUCAUGAUGGCUCAUAUCGAAAAGAUGACGCAGAAGAUGUUAGAGAAACUUAUACCUGGUACUCGAUCGCCGAGUUCGCUUGAGGACACCAACGGUAACGGCUAUACGCCCAUCAAAAAUCCACAAACUUGUGGAGCUAUGAAGACGAGCCUACUACAUUGA